AUCACAACCACUUAACAUGCAGAGAGAAAACACGUGAACGCACAUUACACCAACGGCAUAAUACAUUUUAGAUGGAUAACAAAAGAAGAAACAGGUGGAUUUGUUACGAGGACGUUACAGAAAUAUUUACAUGAAGCAACGCAUUUCGUUGAUGGAUGCGUGAGUGCUGCUCCUGCAAGACAUACAGAUGCAUGGACAGGAAAUGCUGCAGGGCAGAUACAGACCAGGAAAAGCCCCAGACCACAACCUGAUACUGGUCCUCUAUAACCAGCAUGUGAUUAUCCCACACUGCUGCCUCUGGCAAGGUUGUCACAAUACCAUAAAGCUGUGCAAGAAGUAUUCCUGAGGAGCAAUGGCGCCAAAUCCUGCUGCACACCACAUGACUGCUUGUGCUCUGUUGGAGUCCCUGACCUCUGUUGAGGGCAGGCGUUUCCAACUUUACACCCCAACAAAGGUGGGGGUCAGGAGCAAGCCCAUUAUUAGAAUUAUGCACACCUGCUUGCAGGCAACAAAAUUAAUAAAUGGUCAGUGGUAGAGAAAAUAUUCAGAUGGUUUAUAAACCGCUAUCUACAUUUCAAAGCUACUGUGCUAGCUUUGUUAUCACACACACCCAGUGCGUCAGGCUUCCAGUUUAGACCUCUAACUGCAUUGCUAAAUGAGCUAACAAGCUAACAGCAACUACAGUUUACUUACUCAAGUAAUAUGCUGGCCCUAUUGGUUUUGACUGUGAAUAUGACAAGUGGACAUUUAAAGUAAAAGUAAUGAGUGCGUCACAUGUGACUUUUAUACUCUUGUACUAUUAGAUUACUUUUACUCUUGCAUUACUGUAAAAGCAGGAUUUUACUUUUGCAUUUGGUUAAGGUGGAGCUCAUUUUUAACAACAGGAAUUCAAGUGAUGAUUAAUUUCAGUAUGGACUCAUCUGCUAAUUGUUUGAUCUGUAAUCAAGUUACUGUUUGGUUUGUUAAACUUCAGUUGGCAACACAGUUAGAAAUGCUGUCACAGAGGAAACCCAAGAUAACCUUUCCCAGUGUUCAUUUUGUUCAGCCGAUAGUGAGCUGGAACCAUGACAUGUUUGACAAUCUUAAUGCAAAAAUGCCAAACUUAGCCAACUUAGUCCUUACACACUUUUAAAUGUUUCGUAUGCACAAAUCCUGAUCUAAAAAUAACUGAAGUUGUCAGAUAAUUGUAGCAAUAUAGAAAUACUACAUUUCUCUCUGAAAUGUUCUGGAUUGGAAGCAUACAGUGGCAUGAGAAGAAAAGACUAGUACAAGUACCUCAAAUUUGUAUUAGAGUACGGUGCUUGAGUGAUUAGACUUUGUUAUAUUCCACCACUGGCCGUGCCUGGCAUCCAAACUUCUUAAGACAGUUAAGAAGUGUUAGACAGUUACGUGAAUAGGGAUAUUGACUGUCAUUCACUCUCCCAGGUGCCAAGCAUGAGUCUGAUGUGCCCACUCCAACCAGAAGGUGGCUCUCACACACAAACAAGCACCGUCUCACAAUGACCGGCAUGUAAAAGAAUCUCUUAGAUGCUCUCUUUUGGUUGGUGGGUACCACUGAUGUUCUGGCUGGUGCAUGAGCCAUGCUAGUUUGUGAUGUGUCCAGUCAGUAUGCCCUCUAUUGCUCCUCUGUGAAAGGUGACAAGAAUUGGCACAUGAAUUUAACCUUCUUAAGUUUCCUUAAUAAUUAAAGCCAUUUCUAGGCUUGUGUUUUUCAGGAACCUAAAACUGCCUUCCUUCUCCAACCCAGCUCCUCUGGUGUAGACAAGAGUGUGUGUCUUUUCCUCCUUUUUUAAAAAAAUGAACAACCAGCUCUUUGUUUUUGCCUAAGUUGAGCAGUGGGUUGUUCUCUGUGCACCACUCUGCAAGAUGUACUCCUGAUAUGAAGUCUCAUCGCUGUUGAUGGUGGUUCUAACAUGACAAUAACGUUUGACUUUUCGAUUUGGGCACAACUGGGCUGAAUGAGCAAGGCCCGAAGCUGAUGACUGACGUCCUCGUGUGCUUCAGAACCCACUGCCGCUGCCGACUUCAAUUUGAGCCAACAUUUGCAUGGAGUUUGUGUCCAGACGAGCGACGAUGAUGACACAGGGAGCAGCGAUGAAGGAGCAGCCCAACCGACCAACAUGGAGCAGGCAGAUAGAGUUCACGCUGGCUGGCAUCGGCUGUGCCGUGGGUCUGGGGAACGUUUGGAGGUUCCCGUAUCUCUGCUUCAGGAGUGGAGGAGGUGCCUUUCUGGUGCCGUACCUGUUCAUGCUAUUCGUGUUGGGGAUCCCUCUGCUCUACAUGGAACUGACUGUGGGUCAGUACACAAGGAGAGGGCCUGUCCACGCCCUGGCUAUUGUCUGCCCACUGUUAAAAGGAGUGGGCAUGGCGUCAGUGGCCAUCUCCUUCAUCAUGUGCACCUACUACAACAUUGUCAUCACCUGGGCCCUCUAUUACCUCUUCAGCUCCUUCCAGGCACCGCUACCCUGGCAGAACUGCAACAACACCUGGAACACAGCGAACUGUACCAGUCAUGCCACCAACAGCAGCUACUCCUCCACAGCGAGCCAGGAGUUCUUCAAAUAUAAGAUGCUGCAGCAGACUAGCGGAGUAGACGAAACAGGAACGCUCCGCUGGGAGCUUUUCCUUAUUCUCCUUCUAGCUUGGAUCCUUAUUUACUUCUGCAUCUUUAAGGGGGUGAAAUCGACGGGCAAGGUGGUGUACUUCACGGCUCUGUUCCCAUACGUCACCCUGAUUGCAUUGCUGAUCAAUAACGCUCAGCUUCCGGGAGCAGUAGAUGGAAUAACCUUCUUCAUUGUGCCUGAGUGGGAAAAGCUGCUCUCGGUGGAGGUGUGGGUGAAUGCCGCAGCUCAGAUCUUCAACUCCAUCGGGAUCGGUUUUGGCUCCCUCUUGGCCAUGUCCAGCUACAACUCCUUCAACAACAAUGUUCUGAAGGACACCUUGACUAUAGCCAUCAUCAACUCCCUCACCAGCAUCCUGGCAGGUUUUGUAAUUUUCUCUGCGUUUGGCUACAUGUCUUACCUGCAAGGCAUUCCCAUCAGCGAUCUGGCUGUGGAUGGUCCAGGACUGGUUUAUGUUGUUUACCCACAAGCCUUUGCCAGCAUGCCCGUGUCUCAGCUCUGGGCCGUGUUGUUCUUCUUCAUGCUUCUUUGCCUUGGACUGGACAGCGAGUUUGCUAUGGUUGAAGUGAUGGUGACCAGCCUCAUGGAUGAGUUCUAUCAAACUCUGAUCGCGUUCUUCAGGCGUAAGGAGCUGUUCGUUCUUGCUAUUUGCGGCUUUGCUUUCCUCCUGGGAAUUCCUUGCGUCAUGCAGGUGGGGAUCUAUGUUUUCCAGCUGAUGGACCAUUACACUGCCAUAGUGUCCAUCAUGUUUCUUGCUUUCUUUGAGGUUAUUGCCAUCUGCUGGAGUUAUGGGGCGAAACGACUUUCGGACAACCUAGAAGAGAUGACUGGACAAAGGGCAAACAUCUUCUUCAGAGUGUGUUGGCUGGUAGUUGCUCCUGUGCUGAUCACUGUUAUUCUGAUCUUCUCCAUCAUCCAGUUCAAACCAGCCCGCUAUGAGGACUACGUCUUCCCACCCUGGGCUCAGGGGGUCGGCUGGGUCAUUGCCUUGGCCUCCAUCAUCUGGAUUCCUUUGGGUGCCAUUCACACACUGUGGGUGCUCCCUGGCUCAUUCAAACAGAAACUGAAGCUGUCCAUCAAACCGUAUGCGCUGGAUGAAAAGUCAAACGCGGCGUAUUAUGAGAGGGGAGGGAAGAACAGAGAUCCAGACAUAGCUGCCAUCAGCUCCAGCAUCGAUCUUGCUGUUAAUCCUCCUGUGGAGGCGAAGUUCUGAUACCUCUGUGCUUUGCACAGUCAUAAUGUUCACCGAGCCAUUCAGAGUGGCAGACGUUUAGUAAGCUUGAACUGAUCACGUGAUUGUCUGACAUUUGCUUUAAGCCUUACACAAGCUCCUGGUAAGAAAGUCAAACAGAAAGAUACGGCAAAAUGAUUUACAGAAUUGUGAAAAUGUGUUGAUGCGUAUCUGCCAUGCAGAUAUAACAAAUUUUUGUGAGCCUAUGGAUUUGAUCUGUGAGAUUUUGUUGUUCAGUUUUGUUCAUAUUUAAUGUGAUAAGAUGCAGUGGGAAGACAGUGUUAAGACCUGUGUUAUUGCUGUGUGUACAUCCACGUCACGGUCAGGUUUCCCUGCCCUCAUUUGAAGCUUUAACUUUGCUAAUGCUGCCAUCUGAUGGUCAUGUCCACUGAUGCAAUUAUGAGAUACAUUUUGAGUCGAGACUGGUACAGCACAGUCCUUUUUUUUUUUUUUUUUUUUUUUAAACUGGACACAGUAGAUUCAUUUGAACCAAUAAAAUGACAAGAUUGCCACCAUGUCAAAGGUAGCUGAAUGUAUGUAUUAAGUUACUUUCCUUAAAAAAACCCAAACCAAGUCACUGUGGCUGACUCAUUAGGUCAAAAGCAACAGGGCACUACUGAUAAAAUUGAUAAAUGGUGGUAAACAGAGGAGUACACGGGUCAUGCAACGGUUUCUCAUGUCAUAUAAGAUGUAAUAAAAAAAACCUGUCACAAA